GCAGGAAACCCUGUUCCAUUUCACACCUUCAGGAGGACAAGAAAUGUUUUACGUGCGAUUCACGCGAUCCGUUCCACGAGACCUUGAAUCCGGACAACCACCGUAUUGAAAAUGUGGUGACCGCUUUUGCUCCCAAUCGCCUGAAGCUGUGGUGGCAAUCAGAAAACGGAGUAGAAAACGUGACUGUCCAAUUGGAUCUAGAGGCGGAAUUCCAUUUUACCCACCUCAUUAUGACCUUCAAGACCUUCCGUCCUUCUGCCAUGUUAAUUGAAAGAUCAUCCGAUUUCGGCAAAACGUGGCAAGUCUACCGUUAUUUUGCCUACGACUGUGAGAAUUCGUUCCCGGGCGUCUCCACCGGACCCAUGAAGAAAGUCGACGACAUUAUUUGUGAUUCCCGCUAUUCCGACAUUGAACCUUCCACCGAGGGAGAGGUCAUUUACCGGGUUCUGGAUCCUGCUUUUCGAAUAGAAGACCCCUACAGCCCACGGAUUCAAAAUAUGUUAAAGAUUACAAAUUUAAAAAUCCAAUUUGCCAAACUGCACACCCUGGGAGACAAUCUUCUGGAUUCAAGGAUGGAGAUCAGAGAAAAGUAUUACUAUGCUAUUUACGACAUGGUGGUCCGCGGGAACUGCUUCUGUUAUGGACACGCCAGUGAAUGCGCCCCGGUGCAUGGCUAUGAAGAAGAGGUGGAAGGAAUGGUCCACGGCCACUGCAUGUGUCGGCACAACACCAAAGGCUUAAACUGUGAGCAGUGCUUGGAUUUUUACCAUGAUUUGCCAUGGCGUCCCGCCGAAGGCCGUAACAGCAACGCCUGCAAAAAGUGCAAUUGCAACGAGCAUUCCGUGCAGUGCCAUUUUGAUAUGGCUGUUUACGUAGCGACCGGAAACACCAGCGGUGGGGUGUGUGACGAUUGUCAACAUAACACGGUGGGGCACAAUUGUGAGCAGUGCAAGCCCUUCUACUUCCAACAUCCGGAGAGGGAUGUCCGCGAUCCGCAUAUUUGUGAACCGUGUAACUGUGACCCCGUCGGCUCUCAAAAUGGCGGAAUUUGCGAUCGUUACACCGACUACUCGGCCGGCCUCAUCGCGGGACAGUGUCGCUGCAAAUUCUUUGUGGAAGGGGAACGUUGUGACACCUGCAAAGAAGGAUUUUACGGAUUAAGCAUAGACGACCCUCACGGCUGUCAGUCUUGUGCUUGCAAUCCGUUGGGCACGCAUCCGGGAGGGAAUCCUUGUGACUCCGAGACAGGAAACUGCUACUGUAAACGUCUGGUUACCGGAAAGCAGUGCGAUCAAUGUCUGCCUGAAAACUGGGGACUGAGCAACGAUAUGGAUGGGUGUCGCCCCUGUGAUUGUGACCAAGGUGGUUCACUGAACAAUAACUGCUCCAGUGAAACUGGCCAAUGCCAGUGCAGGCCGCAUCUGAUUGGCCGCCAGUGCCAGGAAGUGGAACCCGGAUAUUUUUUCAUAUCUUUAGAUCAUUAUGUCUAUGAAGCGGAGGACGCCAGCUUUGGCCCCGGCGUGAGUUUGGUUGAGCGCCUCUAUUCUCAAGAUCGCGUACCUUCCUGGACUGGAAUAGGGUUUGUGAGAGUGCCCGAAGGAGCCUAUUUGGAAUUCUACAUUGACAAUAUCCCGUUUUCUAUGGAAUAUGAUGUUCUGAUUCGAUAUGAGCCUCAGUUACCAGAUCAGUGGGAGAAAGCUACCAUCAGCGUGUAUCGCCCGGGCCAAAUUCCUCCUAGUAGUAGAUGUGGCAAUACCGUUCCUGACGAUGACAAUCAAGAGGUAUCCUUAUCUCCCGGUUCCAGGUAUGCCGUCCUUCCACGCCCCGUGUGCUUUGAAAAAGGCCUGAAUUACACGGUUCGGUUGGAGCUCCCGCAGUACUCCUUAAACUCUGAGGUGGAAAAUCCGUACACACUCAUCGAUUCACUUGUCCUCAUGCCAUAUUGCAAGUCCCUGGACCUCUUCACGGUUGGAGGCCGAGGCGACGACGUGACAACCAACAGCGCGUGGGAAACCUUUCAAAGAUACCGUUGCUUGGAGAACAGCAGGAGCGUUGUCAAAACGCCCAUGACUGAUGUUUGCAGGAAUAUAAUUUUUAGCAUCUCAGCCCUGUUGCAUGAAACCGCAUUGGCUUGCCAGUGUGACCCACAAGGUUCGCUGAGUUCAGUGUGCGAUCCCAACGGAGGCCAUUGUCAGUGUCGACCCAAUGUGGUUGGCCGAAGAUGCGAUAAAUGCGCCCCGGGCACCUUUGGCUUUGGACCCACUGGAUGCAAACCCUGCGAGUGUCACGUCCAAGCGUCUGCAAACGCCUUCUGCCACCCGGAGACCGGGCAGUGCCAUUGUUUCCACGGAGUUUACGGCCGCCAGUGCGACAGAUGUUUGCCCGGAUACUGGGGGUUCCCAAGCUGCCAGCCCUGCCAGUGCAACGGUCACGCGGACGAGUGCGAUCCCUACAGUGGCCAGUGCUUGCAUUGUCGCGAUCACACCUCAGGCCCCAAUUGUGAGAGAUGCCUUGCUGGUUAUUAUGGAGAUCCAGUCUUGGGAUCAGGGGAUCACUGCCGUCCUUGCCCGUGCCCAGAUGGUCCGGAAAGUGGGCGCCAGUUUGCCAGUGGCUGUUAUCAAGACCGGAUUACGUUACAAGUGGUGUGCAUUUGUGAGACAGGAUAUAAAGGAAGCCGAUGCGAUGAAUGUGCCUCUGGCUUCUUUGGAAACCCCGAAGAGGUUCGUGGGACUUGCCAGCCCUGCCAGUGUAACAACAACAUCGAUUCCUCUGAUCCAGAGGCCUGUGACAAGAGGACAGGCUUGUGCCUCAAGUGUUUGUUUCACACCCAGGGCCAACACUGCCAAGAGUGUAAACCUGGCUACUACGGAUGGGCUCUUCAGCAGGAUUGCAGAAAGUGUGUCUGCAAUUAUCUGGGGACGGUACAUCAGCGCUGCAGCAGCGCCGAAGACUGUGAGUGUGAGAGAGAAACGGGCCAGUGUCAGUGUCUCCCUAACGUGGUCGGGCAGAAUUGUGAUCACUGUGCUCCAAACACAUGGCAACUGAGCAGCGGGACCGGAUGCGAAUCCUGCGCCUGCAAUCUGGAGCAUUCCUUCGGGCCAUCCUGCAACGAGUUCACCGGGCAGUGCCAAUGUAUGCCAGGAUUCGGGGGACGCACCUGUACGGAAUGUCAGGAAUAUUUCUGGGGUGACCCUACUGUGGGCUGUCAAGCUUGUGAGUGUGAUUCACGAGGCAUCCAGACUCUCCAGUGUAACCGGUCAAGUGGCCAGUGCAUCUGUAAGGAAGGCGUGGAAGGACCCCGUUGUGAUAAAUGCACCCGGGGCUACGCCGGCACGUUUCCAGAUUGUGCUCCUUGUCACCAAUGCUUUGCUCUCUGGGAUAUCAUCGUCAGUGAGUUGGCCAACAAGACCCAGAGAUUCCUGGAAAGAGCCAAAGUGCUGAAGAUCGCGGGGGUGAGCGGCCCCUACCAAGAGACCCUCCACUCGGUGCAGGAAAAGCUGAACGAGAUCCAAAGCAUCAUUGCUCAAAAUCCGGCGACCGAGCCUCUUCAGAACAUCGGCGACCUCUUGGAGGAAGCAGAGAAGCUAAAAACAGAUGUGGCCAAAAAGAUAACGGAAGUCGAAGCAAAGCUGUCUGCCGUGGCAAACGACAGCAGCGCCGUGGAGGCUGAGCUGAGGGCUUUAGAGGCAGAUGCGAAGAGUUUACACAAUGCUGUGAAGGAACUUGCCGAACAGCUGGAGUUCAUAAAGAUCUCCGAUGUUCGAGGUUUGUAUUUUGAGAACCUCGAAGAAUUUUGGCCGG